GGCCGCUCCAUAUUGGUUUCAGUCUCUCGAGUGGAUGCUCAAUUCACGCGAGGAUGAGUGUUUUGUAGUUGUUUGUAAAUGCUUAAAACGAAAGUGCUGUUGUUAGUAAUAUGAGGUGUAACGGGAUAUGUGCAUAUGCUGGCGUGAAUUCAUCCUAAGGAAACCAAUUCGUGACGAACGCUGCGCCCGACACUUACAUGGCAUAGGAGGCGAUCGGCCCUUGGCGGUGAUUGGGAACUUGUGAACGUACUUCUGUCGUCGACCUUACAAAGAAGAAAGUACCGACAAACAAUACGAAAGCAUUGAAAGCGCAAUACAACUACAAACAUUUUGAUCAAAUAUGUCUGACUACAGCGAUCUCGAUCGCCAAAUUGAACAAUUAAAACGAUGUGAAAUCAUAAAAGAGAAUGAGGUGAAAGCCUUAUGUGCUAAAGCCCGCGAAAUUCUUGUAGAAGAAGGCAAUGUCCAACGAGUGGACUCUCCGGUCACGGUAUGCGGCGAUAUACACGGCCAAUUUUAUGAUUUGAAGGAGCUUUUUAAAGUGGGAGGUGACGUUCCUGAAACCAAUUAUCUGUUCAUGGGAGAUUUUGUUGAUCGAGGAUACUACAGUGUCGAAACAUUUCUUUUAUUGUUAGCUUUAAAGGUUCGCUAUCCAGACAGAAUAACAUUAAUUCGUGGCAAUCACGAAUCACGUCAAAUAACGCAAGUCUACGGAUUUUAUGAUGAAUGCCUUAGAAAAUAUGGAUCAACAGCUGUAUGGAGAUAUUGUACUGAAAUUUUCGACUAUUUAAGCUUAUCGGCCAUCAUCGAUGGUAAAAUAUUUUGUGUUCAUGGUGGUCUGAGUCCCUCGAUACAGUAUUUGGAUCAGAUACGCUCUAUUGAUCGUAAACAAGAAGUACCUCAUGACGGGCCCAUGUGUGAUCUAUUGUGGAGCGAUCCAGAAGACCAGAUGGGAUGGGGUGUAUCGCCACGAGGUGCCGGCUACCUGUUUGGAGCCGAUGUUGUAUCGCAAUUCAAUAACACAAAUGACAUUGACAUGAUUUGCCGGGCACAUCAGCUUGUUAUGGAAGGAUUCAAAUGGCAUUUUAAUGAAACAGUAUUAACAGUUUGGUCAGCGCCUAAUUACUGUUAUCGAUGCGGUAACGUGGCAGCCAUUUUGGAGCUCAAUGAACACUUACAAAGAGAUUUCACAAUAUUCGAGGCAGCACCGCAAGAGAGUCGUGGUAUACCAACAAAGAAACCCCAAGCCGACUAUUUUCUGUAACAGUCUUGAAAAUGAAUCCAACAUUUUUAUGGUGUAAGUCAAUUUCUUUAACUUUUGUAUUAAGUAAUAUUUAUAAACUCCUCAGAAUAAAAUAGAUGAGAUUAGAAGAUAUCUUUUCAACAAGAGAAUA